AUGUCGCAGAGGACCGAUGCAUCGCCUACGCCACCAAAUCCUCUCCCCAAAGUGGACGAGAACCCACUUAGAUCCGGCUCGUGGCGCUCUUCUCGUGGACUCGAAUCCAACGACAAACCUGACCGACAAAGGAGUUUGCGAAUGAGUGAAGGGCGAGAGAGUGGGGAGCUGGAAGGCAGCACACUCGGUAGCAGCUCCCGCGACGGGGAUAAGGGAGGCCGAGGAUCUCGACGAACACGCAGCUCAGGAGGUUUCUUACUGGACUCUUCAUUCUUGCCCAGAUCAAGUAGUCUCAGGCAUAGUUAUCAUCGCGCCCAUCACUCGGAGUCGGAGCGAAAGGAGAAGCGUGGAACACCCCCUGAUUCGGAGAUUGUGGUACCGAAGAAGCGAUCGCGAUUCCCUUGGAGUCGCCAAAAAGAGCCGACGAAGGAAUCUUCAGCAGCGCUCCCGGAGAGAGAAGCUUCUCAAGAAACCCCUGGCCCGUCACAUUCGCAACAAGAUGCAGUACCUCAUCCGUCCCAAACUGCGGAAGUGGGAAGCGAGGCUCCCCUAGGGCUUGAUAGGGACUCAUUACAGAUCGUCAAUCUCGCAUUGAACUUGAGCGAAUCAAGAAGAGUAAGUGCUCAUGGUCGAGUGCCUUCCGGCCGUGUUGCGGGGGGUAGGUGGACCGCGUCGGCAGGACAGCCUUCUGUUUCAUUGAAUGAAAGGGGUGCACCUAUUGCACUGGGCAGUCAAAAUGAUAGCCCUUAUCCGCGCCGCAGCUUUACUCAGAUACCCGUUGAUAAUCGCUCGAAUCGUUUGGGCGCCUCACAUAUGGAUCAAGCUGUACAUGCACCAUCUUCGGUCUUGAACCUGCUGCCCGAUUCUGCCAAUUCAAACUCCCUGCCACACGUAUUCUCAGACGGCACACUUGCUCGAGCUGAGAAGGCCCGGCGCCAUUUCGAGCUCUUCUCAGAAUAUCUCCGAUUACUUCCUUCGCUCCCUCCCCUUAAACCGCACGAGGCACACACAGACCCAGAUUCUACUCCAGCGGGUGCUGGCGACACCCCGCCAGGUCGCUCGUACAACCCUCUUCAAUCCAUUCGAAACCGCAAAGUUAGAUUCCGCGAGCGAUGUCCCAUUGAUACGGAUGCAGAAGGCUGGACUAAUGUCGGAAAAGUUCAUGAAUGGGUGGACUCGAUCGAGAGCCAGUACAAUCAACAAGACCAUAGCUCUUUCGAAUGCCUGAAGCUCCCACCUUUCCACCAAGGCUCGAAGGACCUGUCACAUAAAGAGCCGGAGGAUGAUGAGAUUAUAGCAGCCUCUCCUUCCUCCAGUCUGAGGCGAACCAGUCGUGCAAGCAGCGUCAAGGCUCGCAGACCAAAAUCUGAUUGGAUGAUUUCCCCGCCAGAGCUUUUGGCUGAUAUCGCAUGGGUUGAGGAUAUACAGAAUAAAAGCAAGCUUAUUGAUAAAGAUGGAAAUAAUCUAUACCCCGAUGCCGCAAUGUUGAUUCCAUCCGAUGCCCUCAAACCCAAAACUAGGAACCCUCAAGAAGAGCUUCCAUCCAGGCGGGAGUCGGUAGACACGGACCAGCCGACCUCACACACUUCUUUAUCGGAUGCCCACCCUGGACUGACACCUGAGUUCAAACGGAUUGGACGGGGAAGACGGCGGCAUAGAUUCCAAGGCACCUCUCAUAUCGUUCGCAGCAGUGGUGGAAGGCACAAAUUACGAAGGCGAUCAAGCAGCUCUUCCAGUGCGUCAAGCCGGGAUGACAAGCAAUAUUGGAAAUACCAGGGAGAGAGCAUGGUAUCUCCUAGGAGGUCUACUUCCCUAAGGCCCGAACCAUCCAGAGCAAAAGGAUAUGUUGCCCCACCAGAUGAGAGCUCUCUGGAUAUGAAAAUUAGGUCGCCACAGAGCUCUAGUUUCCAACGAUCUUGGAAAGCUUCUGACCGUACUAAAUCCCAAGAACAGAGAGAAUCUAUAUCCUCAGCGCCAAGUGUGGAUGACCGCUAUGACCGUCUGACAACCUCUGUGACAGCCGAUGGAAGGGUGCCGCUUACUCCUAUUCAACCCACUUUCUUUCCGAGUAUUGCAUCAAAUUUAUCGCCCCCAUCAAGCCGGUCACCAUCCCCGUCGAAAGGACGGUUCCCACGUGCGAUUAUUCCCCGCCGGGAGAGAAGCAAGAGCAACUCGCGACCUAAAGAUGCUGUGGACAAUAGUUCCCCAGAAUCAGAGGUAUUACGUAGCAACAGUUUAUCGGAAUACUCAGAGGGUUUGCCUCGCAUUGGCAGACUGGACCCGAGCCCACUUCUAGAUCAAACUCCCUCUACGCAUCAGGAUGGCCGGAUAAGGUCGAGUCAGCAAGCACGGAAAGGGCUCACACAACAUGAGUCCAAACUCCGUGGAAUCUUCAAAGGCCCUGGUAAGAUCGCGGAAAAGGUUGGUAAUGAAGUGUCAAAAAUGGGUGGUCUUAUUCUAAAGAAAGAUUCCUUGGCCCAUUCACGACAAUCUUCCUUUGAAUCACACGUCACGUCUGACGAUGAGACUGUCCUAACCGAUGCCGAAGAAUCGAAAGGUGAUAAGACCACCAAUAUCAAGGCUUCAUUACGCCGCCUCCCCACCUUUUCUGAAGACUACAGUCUGGCGGCUCGUAGGGAAUCAGAAAAAGCAACUGGGAAAAAUUACCUAUCCGCGCCAUUACCCUUUACAUCUCCCACCCGCCAGGGCGAUCAACCCGAGGGCCAUAGAAGAUCUGAUUUGGGUAGUCCCCAAAAGACUUCUUCAGAGUCGGAAAUGAAGAGCGCAAGGGAGACUGGAAGCAGAGACGAGGCUCUAUCGACAUCUCAGCAGAAGCGGCCCGAUGUCCGCAAGAAACCUGGGAAGGUUCCGACUUUUGGCCCUGAGCUACAUACCAUCCGAGAACAGAUCAAGAAAGGCCGAAUUAAGGAUCCAUCUGUGCCAUACAGUCUCACUCGGCCCCCGAUCACGGGCCUUGCACAAGCAAAGGCAUCACAUGAACCGUCCUCUCAUGAAAGACGUUCCACGCCCUCCAGCCAAUCCAGAAGCUGGAGUAUCUCUGAGCGUAGUGUUUCUACCUCGACGGAAUCCGGAGUCCCGGCAAAAAGAGAAGUCGAACGUACCCGUGCGCUCCUUCUCUCUUCAGGUAUCAAGGCACGAGAGAUCACUCGUCGCGCUCAUACUGUACGAAAUCCUCCACCUGAGUUUCUUCGACGCGCAUUUGGCUCCGACACGCCAGUUCCGGAGGUGCCUCGGUCGCAUGAGUUCAAUCUCGCCAUUCAAGCCUUGGUAAAAAGGUUUGAGAAGUCAGAGGAGCUCUUCCAGCGAUCGAUGGAUGGUUACCCUGGUGCUAAAUUGUCAUCUCUGAGCUCUCACCUUGGCGCACUUGAAGAUCUAGUCAACAACUCUCUCAACCCACGUGUGCGGGCUGCUGCACAAGAUGCAGAAGAUUUGAGCAUUCAGCUCAAUACGACCAGUACUCUCGCAGUGAAACAGCUGAGCGACACCCUCGACAAAGGCAUUCGGAGGCGCCAUCGCCGGUUACGCUGGAUACGACGUACUGGAUUUGUGAUGCUCGAAUGGGCCCUUGUUGGAAUAUUGUGGUGGGUAUGGUUGAUCGUUAUGGCUUUCAAGCUGUUACGGGGUGUUUUCCAAGGAGUAAUAUCUGGUGUUCGGUGGGUACUCUGGCUGUGA